AUGCUGCUGUUCCUUAUCCUUCUGUUGCCGGUAGUUUUUAAAUUUAGUUUUGUUAGCCUCUCAGCACUGCAGCGCUGGAGCUGUCCUGAAGGCUCUCCCUCGGGAAAUGGGAAUUCUACUUGUGUGGGUCCUGCACCCUUCUUAAUUUUCUCGCAUGGAAACAGGAUCUUUAGGAUUGACUUAGAAGGAACUAAUCAUGAGCAAUUGGUGGCAGAUGCUGGUGUGUCCAUGAUCAUGGAUUUUCAUUAUAAUGAAGAAAGAAUCUAUUGGGUCGAUCUAGAAAGACGACUUUUGCAAAGAGUUUUUCUGAAUGGGACAAACCAAGAGAAAAUCUGCAAGAUAGAGAAAAAUGUUUCAGGAAUGGCAAUAAAUUGGAUCAAUGAAGAACUUAUUUGGUCAAAUCAACAGGAAGGAAUCAUUACAGUAACAGAUAUGAAAGGAAACAAUUCCCGUGUUCUCUUAAGCGCCUUAAAAUAUCCUGCAAAUAUAGCAGUUGAUCCAGUAGAAAGGUUUAUGUUUUGGUCUUCAGAGGUGGCGGGCAGCCUUCACAGAGCAGAUCUCGGUGGUGUGGAAGUGAAGCUUCUGUUAGAGACAUCAGAGAAAAUAACAGCUGUGUCAUUGGAUAUGCUUGAUAAACGGCUCUUUUGGAUUCAGUACCAUAGAGAAAGAAGCAGUUCUCAUAUUUGUUCCUGUGAUUACGAUGGAGGUUCCGUCCAUUUUAACAAACAUCACACACAGCACAAUUUUUUUGCGAUGUCCCUUUUUGGUGAUCGUAUUUUCUAUUCAACAUGGAAAAAGAAGACAAUUUGGAUAGCUAACAAGCACACUGGGAAGGAUAUGGUUAAAAUUAACCUCAGUCCAUCAUUUGUACCACCUGGUGGAAUUAAAGUAGUGCAUCCACUCGUACAGCCCAAGGCAGAGGGUGAUCCUUGGGCACCUGAUCAGAAACUCUGCAAACUGAGGAAAGGUAACUGCAGAAGCAGCAUGUGUGGUCAAGAGCUUAAGUCCCAUGUGUGCAUGUGUGCAGAGGGAUAUGCUUUAAGCCAAGAUGGAAAGAACUGUGAAGAUGUCAACGAGUGUGCCUUUUGGAAUCAUGGCUGUACUCUUGGGUGUGAAAACAUCCCUGGAUCCUAUUAUUGCACAUGCCCUGUAGGAUUUGUUCUGCUUCCUGAUGGGAAACGGUGUCACCAAUUAAUUUCCUGCCCAAGCAAUGUGUCUGAAUGCAGUCAUGAUUGUGUUCUGACAUCAGAUGGUCCCAUAUGUUUCUGUCCUGAAGGCUCAGUGCUUGAGACAGAUGGGAAAACCUGUAGUGGUUGUUCAUCUCCCGAUAAUGGUGGAUGUAGCCAGCUCUGCAUCCCUCUUAGCCCAGUAUCCUGGGAAUGUGGCUGCAUUCCGGGGUAUGAUCUACAACUGGACAAAAAGAGCUGUACAGCCUCAGGACCACCACCGUUUUUGCUGUUUGCCAAUUCUCAAGAUAUUCGACACAUGCAUUUUGAUGGAACAGAUUAUGGAACCCUGCUCAGCCAGCAAAUAGGAAUGGUUUUUGCCCUAGAUCAUGACCCUGUGGAAAAUAAGAUAUACUUUGCCCAUACAGCCCUAAAGUGGAUAGAGAGAGCAAAUAUGGAUGGUUCCCAGCGAGAAAGGCUUAUUGAGGAAGAAGUAGGUGUGCCAGAAGGUCUUGCUGUAGACUGGAUUGGUCGUAAAUUCUAUUGGACAGACAGAGGGAAAUCUCUCAUUGAAGGGAGUGAUUUAAAUGGGAAGUAUCGUGAAAUAAUCAUUAAGGAGGACAUCUCUCAGCCACGAGGACUUGCUGUUCAUCCAAUGGCCAAGAGAUUAUUCUGGACUGAGAUGGGGAUUAAUCCACGAAUUGAAAGUUCUUCCCUUCAAGGCAUUGGCCGACUGGUUAUAGCUAGCUCGGAUCUGGUCUGGCCCAGUGGAAUAACAAUUGAUUACUUAACUGACAAGUUGUACUGGUGCGAUGCCAAGCAGUCUGUGAUUGAAAUGUCCAAUCUGGAUGGUUCAAAGCGCCAAAGACUUGCCCAGAAAGAUGUAGGUCACCCAUUUGCUGUGGCUGUGUUUGAGGAUCAUGUGUGGUUCUCUGAUUGGACUAUGCCAUCGGUAAUAAGGGUGAACAAGAGGACUGGCAAAAAUAGGGUACGUCUCCGAGGCAGCAUGCUGAAGCCCUCAUCACUGGUUGUAGUUCAUCCAUUGGCAAAACCAGGAACAGAUGCCUGCUUACAUCAAAACGGAGGCUGUGAACAUAUUUGCGAAGAGAGGUUUGGAACUGCUCAGUGUUUGUGUCGUGAAGGUUUUGUGAAAGCUCCAGAUGGAAAAACGUGUCUGGCUCUGAAUGGCCAUCAGAUAUUGGCAGGUAGUGGAGCAGAUCUGAGUAAUGGAGUGAUACCGUUGGACAUCUUACCCAGCAGUAGAGAGCUUGAAGAUAAUAUUACAGAAUCUCAACAUAUGCUAGUGGCUGAAAUCAUGGUGUCAGAUGAUGAUGACUGUAGUACCUUGGGAUGCAGUGCACAGGCUUGGUGUGUUUCAGAGGGAGAGAAUGUGACAUGUCGGUGUUUGAAAGGAUUUGCCGGAGAUGGAAAACUGUGUUCUGAUAUAGAUGAAUGUCAGAUGGGUAUCUCAGUUUGCCCUCCCACCUCCUCCAAGUGCAUCAAUACUGAAGGUGGCCAUGUCUGCCGGUGCUCAGAAGGCUACCAGGGAGAUGGGAUCCACUGCCUUGAUAUUGAUGAGUGCCAACUGGGUGUGCACACCUGUGGGGAAAAUGCCGCCUGUACAAAUAUGGAGGGAAACUACACCUGCACAUGUGCUGGCAACUUGUCUGAACCUGGACGGAUUUGCCCUGACUCGACUCCACCCUCUCAUCCCAGGGAGGAUGGCCGCUCUCCUGUGAGAAAUAUUUACCCCGAAUGUCCCCCGUCCCAUGAUGGGUACUGCCUCCACGGCGGUGUGUGUAUGUAUGUUGAAGCAGUAGACAGCUAUGCCUGCAACUGUGUCGUUGGCUACGUCGGGGAGCGAUGUCAGCACCGAGACUUGAAGUGGUGGGAACUGCGCCAUGCCGGCCACGGGCGGCAACGGAGCAUCACCGCGGUGGCUGCCUGCGCAGUGGUGCUGCUUCUACUACUGCUCCUGGGGCUGUGCGGGGCUCAGAAAUACAGGACUCAGAGGCUGCUAUCGAAAAAUCCAAAGAAUCCUUAUGAAGAGUCGAGCAGAGAUGUGAGCAGUAUCAGGCCUUCAGACGACGAGGCUGGGAUGUCCUCUUGCCCCCAACCUUGGUUUGUGGUUAUAAAGGAACAUCAAAACUUCAGCAAUGGGAGUCAACCUGUAGCCCUCAAGGACGGCCUGGUGGCAGAUGGGUCAUUGCAACCAACAUCAUGGAGAAAGGAGCCCCAGAUGUAUAUGGGCACAGAACAAGGAUGCUGUGUUUCAUCAUCCAGUGAUAAAGGCUCUAGUCACCAGGGAAUGAAGUGUAGCUUUCAUCUCCCCUCCUAUGGGGCAUGGCCCAUUGCUGGGGGAGUUGAGAAGUCCCAUUCUCUCCCAUCAGCUUAUCCAUUAUGGCAACAAAGAGCUCCGGAUCCACCACACCAAAUGGAGCUGACUCAGUGA